UCCGGAGGGUUUUACCAGUAUAUCUGCAUGAAAUGGCCUAACGUGAUAUGCUUUGUACCUAACCCGGCUUUCACUCGGACGUCUGAAAUGCCGUUUUUCCGUCCCCCACUGCCUCAUCCAUCUCCCAGAGAGUGACGCGGGAGCGCCGUUAAAAUGAAAACAGACGGGUAUCAGAAUUUGAGCUGAGUGUUUAUACCUCGAGUGGGAACAGCUAGCGGUUAGGCUAGCCAGCUAGCCUGACGGCUCAGACAGCCGGCGGCGGCUGGGAUAUCGGAUUUACGCGGCCAUGGCCGGGCUCAUCAAGAAGCAAAUCCUGAAGCAUCUGUCCAGGUUUGCAAAGAACCUGUCGCCGGACAAGAUCAACCUCAGCACGCUGAAGGGGGAGGGCCAGCUCACCAACCUGGAGCUGGAUGAGGAGGUUCUCCAGAGCCUGCUGGACCUGCCCACCUGGCUGGCCAUCAACCGUGUGGAAUGCAACAAGGCCGCCAUCCGGAUACCAUGGACGAAGUUGAAGACUCACCCAAUCUCUCUGACCCUGGAUAAAGUGGUGAUGGAGAUGAGUACGUGCGAUGAGCCCCGUCCCCCUAAUGGCCCAUCUCCCAUAGCAACAGCAUCAGGACAAAGUGAAUAUGGCUUUGCUGAAAAGGUGGUAGAGGGAAUGUCCCUGUCCAUCAACUCCAUAGUGAUCAGGAUCAGUGCGAAGGCCUUCAAUGCCUCCUUUGAGCUCUCUCAGCUGCAGGUCUACAGUGUCAACACCAGCUGGAGCAUCAGUGACCUGCGAUUCACCCGCAUCCAGGACCCUCAGAGGGGAGAGAUUCUGACAUUUAAGGAGAUAAGCUGGCAGAUGAUCCGUAUUGAGGCUGAUGCUAUCCAGAGUGCCGAGCAUGAGAUGUUGAGCGCCCCCAUCCGCCUCAUCACUAACCAGUCCAAGAUACGAGUCACUCUCAAGAGACGGAUUAAGGACUGUAACGUGGUGGCCUCCAAGCUGAUUCUGAUCCUGGAUGAUCUGCUAUGGGUGCUGACCGACUCCCAGCUCAAAGCCAUGGUGCAGUAUGCCAAAUCCCUCAGCGAGGCCAUGGAGAAGUCUGCCCAGCAGAGGAAGAGCAUGGCCACAGAGGACCAGGUGUCGUCAGCGCCACCCACAGCUCAGCAGGUGCGCACCCAGCAGGCGACCACAGCCGCUGACCAGGGUGCAACGAUGGCCAAGCUGUUCAGCGCCUACGAUGUAUGCGAGACGUCCCACCACCUGCAGAUCACACAUCUGGAUCUGCACAUCUGUGACGACAUUCACGCUAAGGACAAAGUGAUCAACAAGAGGAUAACAGGUGGAGCCAUGCAGCUUUCCUUCAGCUCCAUCACUCUGGAUUACUACCCUUUCCACAGAGCAGGUGAAAGUUGUGCCCACUGGAUGCACUACAGCGAAGCCACCAAGACCAGGGAGGGCUGGGCGCGGAACCUUCUUGAUGAGUUCAAGUCCAACGUGGAGAUGCUAAAGAGUGCAGUUCGAGACCAGCAAGGCCCGGCUCCUGCACAUGGCUCCCCGCAGCAUGGUAAGAUAAACACCUCCAGCAGUUCCUUCAGCCCAACUCCCCCUCAGACUCCCAAGACCCAGCUCAUGUCCAGCUCCUUUGUUCUCCGGAUGGCUGACUUCAGCAUCUACCAGGUGUCAACGGCAGACCAGCGUCGCUCCAGCCCCAAAACCAUGAUCUCCUGUAAUAAGAAGUCCUUGUACCUUCCCCCAGAGAUGCCAGCCAUCCACGUCGAGUUCACAGAGUACUACUUCCCUGAUGGAAAAGACUAUCCCAUCCCGUGUCCCAACCUCUACGCCCAGCUGAACGCCCUGCAGCUGGUCCUGGAUCCUCGCAGCCUGGUGUGGAUCAACCUUUUCACCCUUGACCUCAGGCAGAGUCUGGAGCAGUUCAUGGAAAUCUACAAGCUCAAUGACUCCCAGAAACCUGACGAGCAUGUUGACAUCAAGGUCGAUGGCCUCAUGCUCAAGCUGGUGAUUCCGACUGAUCGGGAGGCCUCCUGCCCUCCGGAUCUGCCUCGCUCCAUCUCAGUACAGACUUCAGAAAUGGUGGCCACUAACACCCGGCACCCUGCCAACUGCACCCGCUCGCACCUUGAGGCCCUGCUGCAGGCCUUCGAAGAGGAGCCCUUCUUCUCUUCAUCUUUCUCCUCAUUCCCUCGCUCCUCCUCUUCCUUACCCCUCCUCCACCCUGUCUUCCAGCGUCAUGCUCAUGAACAAGACACCAGGCUCCACGACAUCUACCGGGGCCUGGUGGUGCCGACGAUGGGCACUAACGCCCUCAAGAUGCCGGCUGCCACAGACUUCUGGGCGCUGCACUUCGCCCAGUUCUGGGUGGACUACGAAGGCACCCGUGGAGGCAAAGGGCGGCCGCAGCCCUUCGUGGACUCCUUCCCUCUCACUGUGUGGGCGUGUCAGCCAGCGAAGGUCGUCCAGCAUCAGGAGAAGCUGAGAGGCGCUGCUGGAUCAGGUCUGUCCAGAAGUACAUCAGGAGAGGCUGUUGCACGCAUACAGAGGAAACGCUUGCUAAAGGAGUAUUACAGCACUGAUGGUACACCAACAUCAUCUCACAGCGGUGAUGCUACGCUUCCACCCAGUAACGGACUCCAUAAACCCCUCUCAUUGGACAGUCUGCCUUCCUCCUCUUCGUCACCAUCAAGUGAAAAUGCAGAUGUGCAUAUGUUGGUGCAUGUGCAGAAGCAUUUAAGUGCUCAGGUGAGCCACCGGCAGUAUGUGUUUCUGAUGCAUCUUCAGCGCAGCAUCAAAGCCCUGCAGCAGACACUGCAGCAGGACCUGGAGGAGAUGGGCUCCAAAAGGGAACGGAAGGAUCUUUUCCAGUGUCCUGCAGAUCACCAGCCCUUUACCGUCUGCCUGGGCCUGCUGCUGAAAAGUGCUGAAGUGUCCCUGCUGCUGAAGCCCGUACCCCAGCCUGACGGUUCAGGAUCUCCUCUGGUGUCCGAGCUUUCACCCUCAGAGAGCCGAGGAACUCUGGAGCCUGGGAGCGAUGCAGGAGAGGGGACAGAGAAGGGGGAUAAGGGUAAUGAAGGGUCUGGGUCUGAAGGAGGAGGAGCAGCUAAAGGGUCAUGCACUGUAGACCAGCUGUUAUGUGGUGAAGGCUCAGAGAGUGGAACAACGCAGGGUCCCGCCCCCCUCGUCCCCACCUCCACCUCAGCUGCACGUCCUGACUUAAAUCACAAAGCGCUCCUGGAAGAGAGGACUUCAGCUAAGAACCCUGGGAGGUGGAGCUCAGAAGAAGGGGGCGAGGCGCAGUUGGAUGGGUUGGCUCUGGGUGAGGGGAUGGGAGCUGGACCAGACUCUAAAACCCAGACAAGUGACGCUCUGUCUGACCCGCUCAGCAGCAAAGACUGGAGCGACAAAGACAAGGCUGCAGCUGCUAAGAUGCCUCAGUCGAUAUCCAGCGGUCGUUUGAUGCGGGAUCGCUCCCAGUCCAGUUUCUCAGUGUCCUAUAAGAACAUGAAGAAGAGCCCGUCCCUGCAGUCGCUUGACAACAUCUCCAUUGACAGCUACCUGAUGGAGGAUGGAGACACGUACAGCCUGCUGGAGAGAGAUGACGUGUCCAUCUCAGGCUUCAAGGAUGCCAUCAGUGAACAGAGCGCCACAGAGAGUGCCACCGAGGCUGCGACUGGUCAGGAGCAGGAGGGAGGCGUGUCCCCCGACACUGUCAGCGCAACGUCCCAGAGCAUCGACGAGCCCACCAAAGAUCUAGUGUCGGUGCUGGUGCUGAAGGUGCAGUCGGUGUGUGUGGGCAUGGAGGUGGUGGGCGAGAGCACAGCCGUGGGUCUGGAGGUGGGCCAGGUCACACCCAGCCAGCUGGGCAACGUCAGCCUCAGACAGUACCUCAGCAACCGCAGCCUGGGUAUGGUGUGUUCAGUACCAAUACCUGCUCAAAGCAGCCAAGCUGGUGGUGAGAUCAGCUCCGCGUCCCUCAAGGGCUUCCACAGUCCGGAGGUGCGGGCUCGCCUGGAGAGCGGGCCCUGCGCCGCCGCUCACUCCCCGCUGGCCGAACGCAACGGCUUCCUACAGCUGCGUCUCCACGGAUACCAAGCAAGCUUCCUGAUGUCCACGCUGCGCAACCUGGCUCACUUUCUGGAGGACGACUCUGCGCCGCAGGUGUUGCCCAUGGAGAUCAGCAUCAGGAACACACAUGUAAACCUAAAGGAUGACGGCCCACGAGACAAUCCCUCCGACUCGGAGUCCUCGCCGAUCACCUUACAUGUGGACAGUCUCAUCAUACACAGAAGAGACGACGGGUCUUUCUCUAUAGGAGUGGAUGGAGCAGCAGAGGCCAAACCCAGGAAUGAGGGCGCGUCGAUUGACAGCUCCCUGAGUACGGUCCCUGAGGCUGUGGGCAGCGUCUGCGGUAUACCAAAGGCUACGCAGACCCAAGCCCUGCCCACCAGCCCUCCUCCAUCUACCAGCGAAAAGAUGCUGAUAGAGGAGAACGAAUGUUUGAAGGUGGAGCUGUCCCGAGCCAAGAUGGCGCUGGCUGAGGCUCAGAUGGAGAAGGACUCGCUGCUUCACCGCAUGAAGAACCUCAAAGUCAACACCAGCUAGGCCCGGCUCUCUCCUCACACCCAGCCACUCGUUCAGCCCCCGCUGGUCUGCAGCGAUAAGGAGCGACACUGAUGGGCAGCAGCGAGCGAGGGUCAUUAAAAUAAUUCAAGGCAACAUCAACAAGUAAAGAAAAAGAGGGAUUUCUUACUACAGUGGCUCCCUUUACGCGCUUAUUUGCUGACUGAGCCACCAUGUGACUUUAGACUUCAAAAUAAUUCCUUCAUAAAGCAAUGCAGAGUCUGUGCAAAGACUCAAAAACACACGAUUUUACACGCUUGUUGUCUGUUUUAUGUUCUCCACUUUAGACUGUGGAGGUUUGAAAAGGGUGGAAUCACAUUAAAUUGGUGUGUGUGUGUGUGUGUGUGUGUGUGUGUGUGUGUG